CUGACGAUGCCCCAGAGCCCCGAAACAAGCGCGGAGGAGGAGGAGCACCUCUCCCAGUGCCCCGAGGGGGACUCGGGCUCGGAGAGCUCCCACGAGGGGCCCAGCCCUCCAGCCAGCCCUGCUAACCCUACUCACAAUCACUCCAUGACAGUACCUGAGGACGCACAUUUCAGUAUGAUGGUCUUCCGAAUUGGCAUUCCUGACCUACACCAGACGAAAUGCUUGCGCUUCAAUCCCGAUGCAGCCAUUUGGGUGGCGAAGCAGCAGAUUCUCUGCACACUCAAUGAAAGCCUCAAGGAUGUCCUUAAUUAUGGGCUUUUUCAGCCAGCCACCAAUGGGCGGGAUGCCAAAUUCCUGGAUGAAGAGCGCCUUUUGCGCGAGUACCCACAGAGUUUUGAAAAGGGAGUGCCCUACCUGGAGUUCCGCUACAAAACCCGAGUAUACAAACAGACCAACCUGGAUGAGAAGCAGUUGGCAAAACUCCACACUAAGACGGGACUGAAGAAAUUUCUGGAGUAUGUGCAGCACGGAGCUGCUGAGAAAGUGGCACGACUCCUGGAUAAAGGGCUGGACCCCAACUAUCAUGAUUCUGACACUGGCGAGACACCUUUGACGUUAGCUGCCCAGUUGGAUGGGACCAUCGAUGUGAUCCGGCUGCUAUGCCUUGGUGGUGCCCACAUAGACUUUCGGGCUAGAGAUGGAGCCACAGCAUUACACAAAGCAGUGUGCUCACACCACUAUCCAGCCCUGAUGGCACUUUUGGACCUAGGAGGCUCACCCAAUUACAAGGAUCGUCGUGGGCUGACUCCUCUCUAUCACACAGCUAUGGUUGGAGGUGACCCACGUUGUUGCGAACUUCUGCUGUACAAUCGAGCCCAUAUUGGCACCACUGAUGAGAAUGGCUGGCAAGAGAUACAUCAAGCCUGCCAACAUGGACAUUCCCAGCACUUGGAACACCUGCUGUUCUACGGCGCUGAGCCAGGUGCACAGAAUGCAUCCGGAAAUACAGCACUGCACAUUUGUGCACUCUACAACAAAGAGAGCUGUGCCCGAAUCCUACUAUACCGAGGUGCUAACAAAGAGAUCAAGAACAACCAUGGACAGACUGCUUUUCAGGUUGCAGUCAUUGCAGGAAACUUUGAGUUGGGGGAGCUAAUCAAGAAUCACCGGGAUGCAGAUGUGGUUCCUUUCCAGGAGACACCGCAAUAUGCCAGCCGACGUCGGGAUGGUUCCCAGAGUCUGGCAGUGCCACAUACCUUGUUACGAGCCAACAGCGACACCAGCAUGAACCUUCCAGAUUGGAUGCUUUAUGCCCCUCCAUCCACUCCAUCUUCCACCGUGGCUGUUCAGGGUCAGAAGAUCACCACAGGAACCCUGCGCAGUUCCAGCAGCCCCCGUGGCGCUCGCAGCCGUUCUCCAUCACGUGGACGCCACACAGACGAGGCAAAAAAGCAACGCGGGCGACCCAGCUCCAGUGGCUACCAGAAGGAAUCUGCUGGAGGCAGCACGCUGAGUAGCCGGGGUGUGAAGCGGAAACUCUAUUCAGCUGUGCCUGGCCGCACAUUCAUGGCUGUGAAACCAUACCAGGCCCAGGCCGAGGGUGAGCUCUCCAUCAGCAAGGGCGAAAAGAUCAAGGUGCUGAGUGUUGGGGAAGGCGGCUUCUGGGAGGGACAGGUAAAAGGCCGCCUGGGCUGGUUCCCCUCGGAGUGCGUGGAGGAAGUGCCCAACAAGUCGCAGGAAGGGAAGCAAGAGAGCCGAAGUGACAAAGCCAAGAGACUCUUCAGGCACUACACGGUUGGCUCUUAUGACAGCUUUGAUGCUCCCAGUGACUACAUCAUUAAGGAGAAGACAGUGCUGCUGCAGAAGAAGGACAAUGAAGGCUUUGGCUUUGUGCUAAGAGGGGCCAAGGCACAGACCCCAAUUGAGGAGUUUACACCCACUCCCGCUUUCCCUGCUCUGCAGUACUUAGAGUCAGUGGAUGAAGGAGGCGUGGCCUGGCGUGCUGGUCUCCGCAUGGGGGAUUUCCUCAUUGAGGUAAACGGACAGAAUGUGGUGAAGGUGGGCCACAGACAGGUUGUCAACAUGAUUCGUCAGGGCGGGAACAACUUGAUGGUGAAAGUUGUCAUGGUAACGCGGAACCCAGAAAUGGAGGAGGCCAUGAAGAAGAAAGCUGCACCACAGCAGACAAGACGACUGCCCCCUCCAGCCAUCUCUUUGCGUUCCAAAUCCAUGACAUCUGAGUUGGAAGAAAUGGUGGAGAAAGUCUCCCCCUGGAAGAAGAAAGCAGCAGAUUACGAGCCAACAAUGGGCCCCGAUAAGAAGCGGACUGUCUAUCAAAUGGCUCUGAACAAAUUGGAUGAGAUCCUGGCAGCAGCUCAACAGACGAUCAGCGUAGGUGAUGGGUGUGGAAGUGGAGGGCUUCCUUCUUUGGGGAAGUCACGGGGCACUGCCAAGAACUAUUUUUCAAGUGAGCCUAGUUUUGAUCAGCACCGUCUUGGCCAGGCCAGCUAUGAGCGCCCUUCAUACUUACCCACCAGUCAUCCUCCAGGCAUGAUGCUCCGCCAGAAGUCAAUUGGAGCUGCUGAGGACGAUAAGCCCUACCUCGCUCCCCCUAGCAUGAAGUUUAGUCGAAGCCUUUCAGUCCCUGGUUCUGAUGACAUCCCACCACCUCCAACCACUUCCCCACCUGACCCCCCAUACAGCAGUACCUCCCCCUCAGCAUCUGGUCGAGUUACGCCCUCAGCCCGCUCAACCUUCAAUCCCAGUGCUGAGGCCAAGUUGUAUUCGGCGUCCUUGCAUCAGGAGCCACCCUAUGAACCACCCCCACGUAUCCGUGACAAGAUGUCCCUUUAUCGCCAAGAGUCCGAACAAGGGGCUGAGGGGUCAACCGCUCGUGGCUGGCGUGGCCACGCCCCUGACCUUCGCUACUACAACCUGCCCCCACGGGCUACUAACACCGCCAUGUACGUUCCCACCAAGCCCAUGCGCCGGAAGGGGCCACUGGUCAAGCAGACCAAGGUGGAAGAUGAGCAGCGGCAGCAGCAGCAGCAGCAGGGUACUGGCCCCUCCCAGAUGCAGCCAUCGACAUUGCAGCCCCCGUCAUCUGCACCACCUGAGAAGAGCUCUAUCCCUAUCCCCACCAUCAUAAUUAAAGCUCCCUCAACUAGCAGCAGCGGGCGCAGUAGCCAAGGGAGCAGCAUGGAGGCAGAGAGCCAGCCAGAGCCAGUGGUGCCUGUCCCCUCACUUCAGCUCCAUAACAGUAUGGAUUUCACCAGCCAGUUUGGGGCAGCCUUGGUUGGGGCUGCCCGGCGGGACCGUGAGUGGUACAGCGAGGCUCGGCGCAAAUCUGCCCUGUUCCUUUCCACUGAACAGCCAGAUGAUGAGUCCCAGCAGACCCCCAUGCCCCGUCUCCGCCACUCCAAAUCCAUUGAUGAAGGCAUGUUUUCUAGUGAUCCCUACAUCCAGCUCAAUAUGGCUCCUGGCUUUGGCAGUAGCAGUGCUGUUGGCGGGAGCAGCUCUGGUUACUUCCAGUCUCGUGUCCCUAAAACAUAUGGAGCCAGCACCACCAGCGCUUUUACCUCGGUGUGCUCUAGUUUCCUGCCCCAGUUCCAGCCCCAUUCAACUCCUCUCAUUCACCCGCUGACUGGCAAGAUUUUGGAUCCUGGAUCCCCUUUGGGGCUCGCCUUAGUUGCUCGUGAGCGGGCCUUAAAGGAGUCCCAGUCCCAGCAGGAAAGCCGAGAAGACAGACACUCACGGCCAUCCUCACCCCGUUUUGGGGAGACCCCUAAAACCCCUGAAUCCCCUGGUAGUUCCAUCUUACGUCUCUGGGGAACAUCAGAGCAGCAGCAUCACCCCCACCAGCGGCCGGCAUCACCACGCAAGGAACCAGAAAGCCCCCGGCAUCACUCACCUGAACAGCAGACUCCAACCUCAGCCAAGGUCACCCCUUGGGAAAAACGGCCCGAGGAAGGAGAGAAGUUGGAGCUGCAUGUGCGCUUUGUGGAAAACUGUCGUCCAGCAGAGGAGGAGGAGGAGGGAGGAGGAGGAGGAGGUCAUGAAAGUGGGAAGGUUGAGGUCCCUGCUCCACCGGCAGAGCGAGUGGCUGAAGAAAACGGGCUCCCAUUAUUGGUGUUGCCUCCUCCUGCUCCUUCCAUUGACGUUGACGAUGAGUUUGUCUUCACAGAGCCACUCCCGCCACCCCUCGAAUUCUCCAACAGCUUUGAUAAACCAGAAUCCCCUCCCAAAGCUUCCAAUGAGCUGCCCCCAACCGUGGCGCCUCCAGCGGCCCCUUCUGCCCCAGCUACCUUAGACUCCACAGCCUCCAGCUUGACCUCUUACGACAGCGAAGUGGCUACUCUCACCCAAGCUGGAACGACAGAAACCAAGGAGGCCCCUCAUGUCAACUUCUCUUCCGUCGUGUCAUCCAUUGCCAUCCCCGCAGCAGAGGCCCCCGAAGCAGUGACCGACUCGGGAAUUGAGGAGGUGGACAGCCGAAGCAGCAGUGACCACCACUUGGAGACCAUCAGCAGUGUCUCCACACUGUCCAGCAUGUCAGGGGAAGGCACCGAACUUUUGGACACCUACAUCACCUACUUGGACGGGCAGGCAUUUGGGGGAAGCGGCGGCGGCAGUGGUGGUGGUGGUGGUGGUGGUGGAGGAGGAGGCGGCAGUGGAGGUGGCAGCAGCACUACCACAGACAAGAGCCCUCUGCAGACUAAACUACGUUCCCGGCCGUUCCCAGGCCGCUUGCCUGUGGCUACCCCAACCAGCUCCACUAUCUCGGUUUCAGCAUGUACUGAGAACAUGUUUGCCCUCACCCCGGCCCCUCCCUACCACCAGCAACCAGCCGCCACUGAGCCAGGCAAAGAACUGUCACAGAAACCUCCAUUGCCAUGGGAGGAAGCCAAGGCCUCCCCCAUGUCCACCAUGAAGGCCAGCAUCAUCAGCGAGUUGAGCACCAAGCUGCAGCAGAUGGGUGGGGUGUCUUGGUCACGGCCACCUGAUGCAGUGGCUUCUUUUGGUUCCGAGAGGCCUAGUUCCCUACAGAGGCAAAGGCUCCCAGAUGAGACAUCUCCAUCACUGAUCUCCAAGCCUGUAAGCAGCCUUUUCCACAACUGGCCCAAGUCCCCGCAAGGCAAGCAUCCCAAGAGUGUGGAGUUUGACAUCCGCCCAGCCCUGCGGCGCGCCCCCAGCCCAGCCGCCCUGCCCAGUGAGCACAAGAUUAGCCCUGCCCCCAGGCCUUCCUCCCUUCCCAUCCUGCCUUCUGUGCCCAUAUACACCGGCGUCUUUGAUCUCCGCGGUUCACCCACUUCUGGGGGCGAGCACCCUUUCACAGGCUUCCCUUCCGGCAGCCGUUCCUUGUCGCCAACCCACUUCCUGCCGCCAGCCACGGACAAGCCGUUCGGCUCCAAGCCGUUGCCUUUCUGGACCAAAUACGAUGUGGCCGACUGGCUGGAUUACCUGAAGCUGGGGGAGCACCGCGAUCGGUUCCUGGACAACGAAAUUGAUGGCUCUCACCUGCCGUCCCUCACGAAGGAAGACUUCAUUGAUCUGGGCGUGACGCGAGUUGGGCACCGCAUGAACAUCUCCCGUGCCCUCAAGUUCUUUCUAGAGAGGUGAUGGGGGAAACCGCCCUGCCCUGGGAAGCCUCUCACCUGAAUGUACGAUGGAUCUCCACCACUGAGGAGAACAAAUGAGGUGGAGGGGUUGCAACUAUGGGGCCGGGCACAGGGGAAGCUGCAAGGAGAGACCCUGUGGGUCAGGGUAGGGUGGGGAUUCCCUUCCCCCUGGCAGAGAGAUACUCUGAGAAGCUCACCAAAGCCUGCCUGGGCACCCUUACAGGGUGUGCACUUUCCUCUUUUGCGUUGCCAUGUAGCAAUUUGCCCAUCUCACUCAUCUAACUGAUGCCGCUGACACUUGUGUACAGACACUUAAUGUUGUGUGAUUUCACUUUCCAAACUAUGUGCGUUUGUGUCUGUAUGUUACCUAUAUACAUACACUCACAUGUCAUUCCCCAUUGGCAUAGGAGCUUGCUUCACCAGCCAUGCUGCUCAGAUGGCUGAUGUCAGUCAUCUAUAGUACAGCAGCUUAAUACCUGCAUAUAUUUGCCAUUCACUAUGUUGCUGAUUGCACUUCCUUUCCAGCUUUUGUUUGCACAUCAUUUCUUCUCACCAUGUAGAAACUUGCUCAUGUGCAUCUUCCCAAUUACCAGGGUUGUUAAGUACUCUGCCUUAAAAAAAAAGCUCCAACAAAAGUUAGAGUUGCUUGUAUUUGGUUUCUUUGCAAAAUGAAUUCUGCUCUAGAUAGAAGCAAAGGGAGGAAAUUGAUUCAAUUCCCAGCUUCUUAGAAAUCUCAUUGAGAUCCCCUCCUUCCCCUUCCCCACCAAUAAAUCUUACAAGAAUUUAUUGGGCAUUAGGUGUAUCCAUCCAAGCAUACCUUCACAGCUGAAAGAGAAACUUUUUCCGUUUAAAUGGAAGCCAAGAUCCUCUGAAUGCAAAGAAUAUUGUACACGAUACUGAGCAGUGUUUCUGUGCAAAGCACAAACACAGCCCUGCCUCACUCUUGAGUAUGUUACUGGUUUCAAGUACUGCUUGCUUGCUUAAUAAUACUACGGCUACCCAGUUGUGCACCUUUUGAUCUUCCAUAGUGAUUCACAUGAUUCAAUUUAGCAAAGCAGGGAAUCAGUUUUACUCUUCAGUAGCUCCAGUGCAGUGCCAAGCCUCUUGCUGAGCAGGCUUAUAGGCCAAACGGCUCACAAACUGAGGCUACCAAUGAAACAGUUCAUCUGUUACUGGAGCUGUACAGUUCUGCCUCUCUUAAUUCUAUGUCAGUCAAGAAAUAUUCAAGCUAGAAUUGCUUGGAGCCAGCAGCAUCUCAACUAUAUUAUGUCAGCAUCAGUGAACUGUAUGGGGGCAGAAGGUAUGAGGAAUAAUAUCAGAAGGGAAUACCCCCCCCAUAUCAAAUCUGCCCCAUUUGAUUUCAGGUUCGUAAGACCACCCACAAGAAAACGUCAACUAAACUCUGGUAUUUAUGAACAGGGCCAAUGGAAAGGUGGUGUGGACUGUGUUGUGGCAACUUGGAUGCUGAGCUUGUUGGGAAAGGAGUGGCUCUUCCUGCAAAUUCAGGAGAGGGACACCCCCUACCCUACUUUUGCAACAAAGAGGAUGGUGAUAGACACUUCCUAGCGCUAGCAAUCAAAAGACAUUUGUGCAGCUAUUCCAUCUAUUUCUCAACAUUCCUCCCCUUGCCUUCUGAAAAAGGACCAACAGCAAUGGGAGAAUACAAGGUUAGAAAAUGGAAGAUAAUGACUGAAACUCACCACCACCUGCGUGCCAAAUAAAAUUUCAUGAAUGAGGCAAGGUGAUUGUGCAAUAAAGUCUCAUCUGGAACCUCCCAGCUGUGUGAAGGGAUAUGUGUCCUCCAGUUUUUGCUGAUCUUGCCACUAUUGGCAGUGAAAUUAUUUUGACCAUGUGGUUCAAUAUUUGGCUGGUUUCAGUAUUCCUGCUGGAGAUGUUGGUUCAAUGAGAUCCAUCCAUUAAUUUUGCAGAUAUCCUGUGCUGCACAUGCUCUUUGUCUCUAGUCCAUCAUGGUCUAGCUUGUAGACAGUUGGUUCAUGCAGGAUUUGGUGUGUUUAUAUAGACUGUUCCUUGACAUUUUUUAACCUAGGUGCAACCUCUUUGUUGCAAAGGUAAUGACAUAUUCUGGCCUUCCUCUUGGCAUCAGCUGAAUAGUGGAUAAUAGUGGUUGAAGGCCAAGUGCAUCUGGAGGUGCCCAUGUUGGGGUAAGGUAACUAAACAGUUGAGGGGGGUGUUUUCUGCAAUUGUGCAUUAAGCUGCACAAUGAUGUGUCAUUUUACUUCUAACUAGAAUUACUGUAGUGCAUUAUUAUGGGUUCUAGUCCAUUUCUUCAGACACCUCCAUCUAUUAGGUGGUUGAUGUAUCGUAAAGAAUUAAGAAGAACCCAAUUUAUUUCAUUUUGCAAGAACUUUGUUAGAUCACUUGCAGCAGAUUCAUAGUUUCUGCAGAAACAACUGGAUUAAUAGUUAAUUCCAUGUUUUUAAAAUGCACUUUCCAUUGGAUACCUGCUGCUGUUUGCUUUGAAGCAGAGCUGUGUUUUAUGGGUUACAGUAGAUGGGUGAACUGACAUCACCUAGGAUUAGUACUGGUGCUGCAAAAGGAAAUGGAUCCUACCCCUUCUCUUUCUGUCCCAGAGUACACCCAACCCUGGCUGCAACUGUUCACAAGCUCAGCUCUUUCACAAAUUGUGGUCUAUAUACUUAAACACAUCUCUGCCAUUGCACUCUUACCUAGCUCAUGCCUUGCAUACUCAGGGUCAGCAACAAGUUUCAUCUUGUUCUCAUUUCAGAACCACUUCCAUGUGUGCAUGUUUCACAUAUUUCUGCACUUCCAGUAUGGAGAGAUCUCCCCAUUAGUAUCCCUCCUAAGAAGUUGUUUGUGUGUAUGGAGUGUCUCUCUUGUGUUCUUCUGCCAGAGGGGUAUCUUGGCAAUCCAGUGUUCCAGAUCCAGAUAAGCAGCAGAUGCUGAAGGACUGGAAUGGGGAAAAGGGAGAGAAAGAAGAGUAUGGGUAGGUGCUCCCAUUCUGGGUCUCUCCUGUCUCCUUCAGCAUCAUCACAUGCUCCUACCACUUUGAAUUCCAGGGCAGUGGGGUCUUGGAUAAUGACCAUAUCUGUGCUGUGGAUGGAGCAUCCCCCUUCUCUCCAAUGCUCAGCUGCCAAAGAAACAAAAGAGCCCAGCGUACCGGGGGUGCUCCAUAACUUCCCCAUUGCAGCCAUUUGGACACCAGAACCCAGUGCACGGACUGCUUUUGCAAGGACAGAGGCUAGGGAGGUGGGGGGCUCUCAAUGCUGCUCAUGGCUGGGAUCCUCGGUGUGCGAUGCUCCGUCCACAGGGAGGGGAAAGAGGAAGAAUUCCUUGACCCCUUCCUUUCUAAUCUCCACAUCAGGGAUUAUGAGCUGUGGGGAAGUGUGUGGGGACUUGUAACUGUGACUUUAGGCCUUGUGGCUGGCCCCAUUUUACCACUUCGCCUGAGCUGUGACUUAGAUCUUCAGCUAGCCACCACCACCUUGCCAUGACUGUGCUGUCUAGCCAAUCCUACUCUUGCUCCUCCGAAACCGUAUUUCGGUAUCAUACAGCUAAAUCCUUCCAUGACCGUUAAUCACGUGGUGUAGUGCGCUACUUUUUUGAGCCACUCCACAUUUCUGUAUUAUGUGGCUCUCACAUCACAUGUGCCCAUGCUCCAUGAUGUUGGGUAACCUUGCGCAUCCGACACAAUCAAGGUCCACAGUGUACCCUGUCCUUCCAUGACCACAUGAUUAACCCAGGCAUGCAAAAAACAAAAAAACAAAGAAAAAAAACCACAAAAAAAACUCAACUGGUGAUAGGCCCCAGGCAAAUAAAAUAUUUACAUGGGCAGCCAGGAUAUUCACAGAACCUUCCAAGUGUCAGCUUUGCUUUUAUUAUGAUAAGGUGAAUCUAACCCUUGUGGUUGGAAAAUGUAAGGUGGGGAUGAUUCUCAAAAGUCAACAAGCGCUCAUGAGUGCAAGGAGAAAUUUCUUUUAUGGCAGCCAUUUUCUCUUUGAGCGCUAUUCUCCCUAGCCUAGUAUGUGAAAAUUCAGGAUUUAAGGAGUACACAUGGGCAUCUUCCCCCCGCCCCCUUUUGACAGGGAUAUAUAGCUGUCUGCAGCAUUAGGAAGAGACAGGGCCUGGUUAUAGAAAUCCUAAAGAGGAUACAUAGGAGAGAUGACCGAAAUUGCUGGAAGAAAUCAAGGUGAGGCAGCUAGGCUAUAGAGGGAUAUGAAAAAAGAGCCAGCAGCUGUCUUGGUGUGAGAGGAUAGGCCCAAGAAGUGAAAGGAUAAGACCUAAGAGAGGUGCACCAUGUUGUAUUUGCACAGCAAACCUUACUGGGUGUUGUCGGGCAAGUGGGCUACUGGUCAUUUUGAGUGGAGUUGCACAUCUUCACCCAAUUUGCAUGGCUGGGUUAACUUUUGUAAUGCCAUGGCUCUGGGCCUUGUGGCUUUCUGUGCCUCCCUCUCAGGAUGCCUCUUGCCACGCCACUGUCAUCCCACCCACCUACACCUCUUGUGGCGCCCUUUCUCUGUUGCUGCCACCUCCUGUGACAUGCCACGUGGCUAUUCCCACUGUGCCUCCAAAGCCACAACUCCAUACCGCGUGGCCUCACGCAGCCCCGGUUCCAGAGGUGCAGCGGUCGUCUGCCUUUCCACACCCCAGCUGCCACCCAACACUAUGUUGUAAUGCCACAGGGUGAGACGUCAUCCUUUCCUCACAGUGUGAACAACAUGAGCUGCUGAUACUACACCUGUGUGCUGCUGGUUAAGCAGCUGUCCUUUUUUUUUCUUUCUUUUUAAAGAAAAGGGCUCUUGUCUCGUCUCGUCGGACUGGCCACGUUGGCCCCUCCCAUCCACAGGCCCCAACGAGGGAGCGAAACGAAACAAACAAAACUUCAGAAUGUCUUCCAAAAUGAUGAUGUUGUGGGGGGAGGCGAGAAAGAUGGCCUCCUCUCCAAAUGUAGGCAGGAGAGGAGUCCAUGCUGCCGUUCUCAGCUCCUCACUCGGGCAGCCCUCAUAGAUGCACAUGCCAGCUCUGGGAAAGACAGAGAACGUUGUUAACAUUGGGGGGUGGGGGAGGGGUAUGGGAGGCAAGACAUUAGUGCUGUAUGAGCAGGGAGGGUCUCACAAACUUCCACUAGUCAGGAGAAGGGGCCAGAUCUUCUAAGCUGUUCAAAAGAAGAGCAUAGUGGCCUCACAGGGAACAGAUGCAUUUGUGUUGAAGCAGAAGGGCUAGCAAGUGGGGGAGGGGGCAAAGCGUGAAGGAUCAAAUGUCUUCUUUCUCAGAACCAUUAAAACAUAGCGAAGAGGCCCCAGUUUUGGAACCCAAGACUUUCGGGGGGGGGGUUGUAUGGAAAAAGGCAAGUAUGUCAAGCAGACCUGGUUUUACCAGGCUUAAUGGCUUCUGUGAAGUGGGCAAUAUGUAGUCCUUCUGAUGUUGUUGGAUUGGAACUCUCAUCCAGUCUCCUCCGGAUGGCCAGUGGGAAGGAUUUCAGAGGAAUUGCAGUAUGAUUAUUUCUGGGCUGGACAGUCAGAGGUUGUCCAGCUCUAGUGGAGCAAUAUCUUUAGCAAGAGUAUGCCCUCUCAAGUACAUUGUGUCUGGUGCUUCCCUUUGGAGAAAUGAGAUAGAGCUCCUUAACCUAUCUCCUUGUUUGAGGUAAGGUUAAGCAGGGGCGAAAUUCAAUCAGGGUUUGGGAUGAAGACUGCAAGAGUCCUGAGCUUUCUGUUUUAAAAAUGGCAUCUUAUUAAAACAGGGUGUGGAAGCUGCUACCAGUUAAGAUCCUGUUCUCUGUUAUUUGGAGUAUAGGAUGGAUCUCGUGUAUCUGAGAGAGAGAGAGAGAGAGAGGUUUAGAAGUCAAGUGGGAAAUCAUGAGUCCUCCAAAAUGGCCUAUUGGCUUACUGGGUUAAUGUGCAGGGAGCAGGACACCUGGGUUCUCUGAAAAGGAAUAAAGAAGGGUCUAAUGGGUUUAAAGCAAAAAUUGCCCAACAAAAGACUGGGUGGUGUAUGGGUAAACUGGUCCUGGAUGGGUCGAGAACCGCAGCAUUGAAUUCUCUUGCCUUAAAUGUACUGAAAUGAAGUAUGUAAUGUUGAUUUUGUGAUUCAGGGAUCUAUUCCCUGGGAUGAUUA